AUGCCACACCGUCGAAUAGCCAGUAACGAAGAUGGCGUCCGCGGCUUCACAAGGCAUGGAGUGCGUUUUGUAAUAUGCUCGCACUGAGUGGGUCGCGCUAGGAUUUAGCGGUGUCACGUCAUAUAAUGUCCGGGUGGAAACUCCAGCCAAGCUUAUAGGGACGUUAAAAGGAAAUCCCCCGCGCCCUUGCCAGAGAGACUCCCUUCCCGAGGAGUCUCGACGACAGCUGGAUCAAGCCGGUGUUUCGGUGGCGACGGGCAGGAACCCAGGAGAGCAUCCUGCGCCUCUGGUAGGCAGGAGUCUGGCCACUUUCUCCAGGCUGGGGGGUAGAAAUGUGAGUGCCGGGCAGCAGACAGAACACGAAAGUUUCAGCUCCGGAGUGACUACCCAUUGACCCUCCAGGUAUUGCUGGCCUCCAACUCCCACCAUCCCUCACGGUUGGCCAUUCAGGAUGCUGGGACUGAUGGGAGUAGGGAUCCAAGAGCACCUGCGAAGGCUGCUCUUUAGCAGGUGCACGGUAGGGAUUGGCUAGUCUACCGUCUUCCAGGUGGUGUUGGACUCCCAUCAACUCCACCCUGCGUGGCCAGUUGUCAGGGAUGAUGGGAGUUACAGUCUAGCAACACCUGGAGGACCCUAAGUUAGCCACCCCUAGUUUAGGAGGAGGCAACUGUACCCCAUCACCAGGAACAGACCAGAGAGCUCAUGGAAUUGUAAAAAAGUAGAGUUGGAAGGGACCCUGAGGAUCAUCUCGUCCUACCCCCCUGCAGUGCAGGAAUAUGCUGCUGUCCCAUAUGGGACUCGAACCUGCAACCUUGGCGUUAACAAUGCCACACUCUAAUCCACUGAGCUAUCUAGGUCCAUAUCCUAUUCAUUGGCACAUGUGUGCCGUUUCAGCAAAGUGGGUGGGGCAGUAAUUUAUGGGCCCGAGUGCGCUUGAUCCCAAUACACUUUUUUGUCAGUGGUCAUCUUAUGCACACCUGUGGUGAUCCCCCCUCCAUGGGCAGGAUGAUCCCAUUUGUGGCUAAGGUGUGCAUUCACAUCAGCUGAGGAUGUAAAUUUUGCAUUCAGUAUUGUUGGUUACCAGCUAUUUUUUUAUUCUUAGUUAUGA